AUGCGGAUGCCCGGCCGGCAAGGUGGGCGCGUUCGUGACGGUCAGUCCUGGGAGCAGUGGUUUUCGCCAACGCCUACUUCGUCAAACAACGGGAUCCUCUGGCAAAUCCUCGACCCCGUGCGGAUGCUCACGGAACUGUCCUGGGCCGCCAUCGCCAACAAAGCGAACACCGCCCCCGGCCAACGCGGCUCCGGCCGAUUCCACGGAGUAACCCCCGUCUUGGGUGACGUUCCCGCCAUGCCGCCGGUGUACGCCCGCGUCCUGGACGUGGUGCGCGAGAUCCCCCACGGCCAGGUGGCAACCUACGGCCAGAUCGCCCAGAUCGUCGGCGGCUGCACGCCGCGCAUGGUCGGUUUUGCCUGGCGUCGCUGGCCCGGGACUCCGAGGACACCCGUCCCGAAGUGCCGUGGCAGCGCGUGA